GGCGAAGGUCGGUGGAUGACGAUGGCCGGCGGCGGGGGACUGAACCGGUCGACGUCGAGGGGCCAGCUGCCGCCGCAGGAGCUGCUCGACGAUCUCUGCAGCCGGUUCGUGCUGAACGUGCCCAAGGAGGAUCUGGAGUCGUUCGAGCGGAUCCUGUUCCUGCUGGAGUGCGCGCACUGGUUCUACGAGGACAACUCCGUCGAGAGCAACCCCUCCCUCAAGUCCCUCUCCUUCAAGGACUUCACCACCCUCAUGUUCAACAGCUGCAACGCUCUCAGGCCCUACCGCGCGCACCUGGACGACAUCUACAAGGACUUCACCCACUACAAGUUCCGCGUCCCCGUCUCCGGCGCCAUCAUCCUCGAUGACACACAUGACAGGUGCUUACUUGUGAAAGGCUGGAAGUCUAGUGCCAGUUGGAGCUUCCCCCGCGGAAAGAGGAGCAAAGAUGAAGAAGAUCAUACUUGUGCAGUUAGAGAGGUUCUUGAGGAAACUGGGUGUGAUGUUUCCAAGCUUUUGAAACUGGAUGACCACAUUGAAGUUUCAAUUGGGCAACAAAGAGUUCGGCUCUAUAUUAUUACGGGUGUUAAGGAAGAUACUGUUUUUGCACCUCAAACCAAGAAAGAGAUCAGUGAGAUCUCGUGGCACAAAAUUGAUGAUCUUCUACCUGCUAGUGAUGAUGCAAUCUCUCGUGGAGUGAAUGGGAUGAAGCUCUAUAUGGUUGCACCAUUUCUGACGGGUCUAAAAGCAUGGAUAGGUACACAUCGUCAACCAGUAUACCAGAAGUCAGAUGCAUCUGCUAGAGGUACCGUGUGGAAAGCGAAGAAUCCCUCAGGUGUUACUGUGCCUGUCGAGAACCCUGUGAUUCAUAGAGCAGUGUCUGACCCGCAGCAUGUUGACAACCGUCCUGGUAAAAGCUUCAGAAACUUCAGAUUCGAUACGGCGAGUAUCCUACAGUCGAUGGAAGAAUCCUUUCUACUUACCUAGGAUCCUGACAGGUCAUGAACUCCUGUACCCUUGAUGUGAAUAGCCUCCCUUGUUGUUUAACUGAAAUCCACGACAAUCGUCUCCCUGUGUUGGUAUCUGUAAUCUAGAUUACAUGAAGUGUUACAACUCUCUUGAGCUGUUCUAAUAUCAUACCUUUUCCCGCUUAAGUUCUUGCUUUUC